AUGAGCCAACCCGAUCCCAGCUUCAGCGUUCCGCAGGAACUUAUUGGCCAUGUUCACCUCGUCUCGUCACAUCGGUUCCCGCGCGUCGCCAAUGUCAACGUCAACGAGGUCGCCAACUGGCUGAUGAAUGCGCCCAGUAUUGCUCGCGACAAAGCCUCCUUCUGCUGGCAAUUCCUCGAACGUCCGGCUGAUGGCACGAUCAUCAUGACAUGGCAGCCGUUGCAGAGACUCAACACAGCGUUCGCAUCUGAUGGCUACAUCUGGGCACCCCCCGAGACCCUAUACAAACACGACCUAGGCAACGGCUUGAUUCUCGAGAUCUACUAUCUAAAGUCAGGCUUCGUUCCUCAGCAGGAGCAGUAUGCUACACACGCACGACGUCGAUUCCGCCUGGUCCCAGCGCAAGGCCACCCCAACGCGCCGCAGCCCGACCCGAACCUGUUUAUCAUCCACUGGGGUCCCGCGGAGCCCGCCGAUCAGAUGCCCGCGACAAUGAUUCCCGUUGAUCAGCGCAUCCACGCGACCAUGCAAGCGCGUCAGCAUCUCCUUCGACAAGGCCAGAUCCGUCGCAAGGACUUCAUGCUGUCGGAUCGGGCCAACUGGCCCACCCUCCCGGAGCUCACUGGGCGACCCAUGGAGCAGCAGAUGGCACCUCGAGGUGUCCCGCAACACAUGGCCUACCCUCCCCAGGGCAUGGCUGGGCCUCCGGCAAAGCGAGCGAGGCACGCGUCGAACCCUAGCCAGCAGGUGCCUACCCCAGGCAUGCCCGGCCAGAAUGUCCCGGGCCCUAUGGACAUGGUGGCUUUUGAUGAUGACGAGGACACCUCCAGGGGUGACAUGUUCGAUCACAUGACACCCCGUGAGAUCUCGUACGCCCGCUACCAGCAGAAUCACGAGUGGAUGGAGGAGAUCCUGUCUUCUCCCUACAGGAUGUAUCAAAUCACCCCUUCAGAUCUUGGACUAGGCCUCAAGGGGAGUCUGGCUUCCCUCACCGAAGGUAUUUUCGCGGCCCAGGGCGCUGAGGCCUACCAGCAGACUGUUGAGGCAGACAAGGCCUACGUUGGCCGCUUGGACCCUGAAAAGGCUACCGAGUUCCGCAAACGGGUGGAUGAGCACAUUGCCAAGGAGAAGGAUGAAAUGGAGGAAAUGAAGAAGGCGCAUGAGGCAGAUCUCGCAGCCAUGAAGGACAAGUCAAUCAUGAGUGUCCGUGAGAAGGAGCUCAGGCAUCUUCAAGAUGCCGGGUCAGAGCUCUGGAUGCCCCAUGAGAACGGCGAAAUCAAGAACGAGGAGUUGAAGAAGACGGUGGAUGAGAUCAUGAAGGAGAUUGAGGGCUCGACAGGGCGCAAGAUUGAGAGUCAGCCGACCGUCAAGUGCGUUCAGAAGGGUGGCUAUCAAGCCCCUGUAGCACCCGAACCGGCGCCUGUUGCAGCGGCGCCCUCCAACCAGAUGUCACGACAAGCGUCCAAUGCUGGCUCUCAAACCAGUGCUCUCAUGAUGGGCGAGUCUGACAUUGACAUGGGCAACACAGCAGCAGGCCUUCUCGAUCAGAUGGGCACGGGCAUGUCAGCGCACUCCACGCCAGGAAAUUUCCCGACUCCGCAGGCUCAUCUGGUGGGUGCCCAGUCGAGUGUAGCCACGCCCCAAAACGUCAAUGUCGGGUCUCCCACUGUUCCGCAGCAACAGCAGCAACAACAACAGUCUAUGCAGCCCCAGCCCCAGCAGCAAAGCGGUGACGUGAACAUGGGCGGUACAGAGGCUCAGAAAAUGACCCCCGGCCAGAGCACGACAGGUGGCGAUUGGGUGGUGGUCCCCAAAGACAACACAGCCGCGACAAAUGCGCCCUCAGCUUCCAACGGUGGCACUGAGCCAACCCCCCCAGUGCCAAGGGUCCCCUCGGCAGCAGGUACGCCUGGGCUCAAUGACACUGGUUUCGAUCACAGCGACUUUGGUUCAUUGGGUGAUCUUGAUUCGGCUGGUGAUGCACUGGCAAGCUUUGACACGGGUGACCUUGACGGGGGAGCAGGCUCCAUGGGCGAUGGACUCGAUCUCAGCAUGGACAUGGAAGACUCUGCCUUUGGUGACGCUUUCCAUGGAGUGGGUGGCUCGGCAGGGCAGACACCAAGUGGCCAUGAUGGCAUGUAA